UUCCAUUUAACUCUAUUUCAUAAACAUCUCUGAAGUCCGCUUCCAACAUCGCUGACACACUCUGACCAUCAACUGUAACACCUUCACACACAAACAAACACACAGACUCUCUCUCUCUCUCUAAACUGUAGUGAUUAGUGAUAUAAAGUGGAGAGAGAGACGUUAUAUAAAAAGAAGAACGUUUUAUAGUGGGGAUUGGAUUGGAUUGGAGCACAGAACUGAAAAGAGUAGACUGAGAGUCGAGAAGAUAAAGAAGAAUUAAGCAGCUAGAGAAGAAGACGAAGAACAAAUGGGAAGAGACUUCAGAUUUAUCUUUGCAACUUCGUUGCUUCUAAUGCUUCUAGAUGUAUGCAAAGGAAGCACAAUUGGAAUUUGCUAUGGAAGAAAUGCUGAUGACCUUCCCACACCAGAUAAAGCAGCACAGUUGGUCCAACUUCACAAAAUUAAAUAUGUUAGAAUCUAUGAUUCUAAUAUCCAGGUUCUCAAGGCGUUUGCAAACACUGGAGUUGAGGUCAUGAUUGGGAUUUCAAAUUUAGAUUUGUUGCCAUUUUCCCAAUUCCAAUCCAAUGCUGACACCUGGUUAAAGAACAACAUUCUUCCCUACUAUCCAGCAACAAAGAUUACAUAUAUAACUGUUGGUGCCGAGGUGACAGAAGCUCCCACUAAUAUCUCUGCUCAAGUUGUACCUGCCAUGCAAAAUGUUUUCACCGCUUUGAGAAAAGCUGGUUUGCAGAGGAAAAUUAAAGUUUCAAGUACCCAUUCUCUUGGUGUUUUGUCCCGAUCGUUCCCACCUUCUGCGGGGGCCUUCAACAGCAGCCAUGCAUUCUUUCUGAAACCUAUGUUAGAAUUCCUUGCUGAGAACCAGUCUCCAUUCAUGAUUGAUAUAUAUCCUUAUUAUGCUUAUAGGGAAAACCCCAAAAAUGUGUCUCUGGACUAUGCUCUAUUUGAGUCAUCCAAUGAAGUAAUCGACCCAAACACUGGUUUACUUUACACAAAUAUGUUUGAUGCCCAGAUUGAUGCUCUUUAUUUUGCCCUGAUGGCUUUAAACUUUAGAACAAUUAAAAUAAUGGUCACUGAGACGGGCUGGCCUUCUAAAGGAUCAGCAAAGGAGACAGCCGCAACUCCAGAUAAUGCCCAGAAAUACAACACCAAUCUGAUUCGCCAUGUCAUCAAUGAUACUGGUACACCUGCAAAGCCUGGAGAGGAGCUAGAUGUGUAUAUUUUUUCUUUGUUCAAUGAGAACAGGAAGCCUGGUCUGGAAUCUGAGAGGAACUGGGGAUUAUUUUAUCCAGACCAAACAAGUGUCUAUAACCUUGAUUUUACGGGAAGAGGUGCUGUGGACAUGACUACAGAAGCAAAUGUUACCAGUUCGAAUGGUACUGCAUGGUGCAUUGCUUCAGCUACAGUUUCUGAAGCUGACUUACAGAAUGCCUUGGAUUGGGCCUGUGGACCUGGGAAUGUGGAUUGCUCUGCUAUUCAGCCUAGCCAACCUUGUUUUGAGCCGGAUAAUCUAGUUAAUCACGCUUCUUUUGCAUUCAACAGUUACUACCAGCAAAAUGGAGCUACCGAUGUUGCUUGCAGCUUUGGGGGAACAGGCGUUAAAACAAAUAAGAACCCAAGCUAUGACAGCUGCUUGUAUAUGACAGCUGGGAGCAACAAAACUGCCGCAAGUAAUGUGACAGCCACUUCUUCACCUUCUUCCUCCACCCGAAAAGUACUUUCUAAGUGGAUUUGUGGUUUCCUCUUGAUGACUUUCUUAUUCAGUACCUGAGUAAUGUCUAAAGCAGCUUGAAUGAUUUUCUUCUUUUUGUUCUGAAUCUGAACAAUGCCUAAAGCAGCUUGAUUUUGGGAGCGGAGUCUUCCGUUCAAACAAGAGGUUUGCCUCUUUCGAAGCCGUCUUUUAAGGAAAUUUUUUUCUUGGGUAGCAAGGAUGUAUUUAUCAUAGAGCAAUCUUCCUUCCUAGUUUUGUAUGAUGUCAAAUAGGUUCUUAGUUACAAAAAGAUGGCAUCUAGACCAAUCCUUCAAUGGGAUAUUUGUGGACCUGUAUUUGCACAUUGUGAAAGGAGUCUGCAAUUUAGCUUGUAGCUUUUUGUUUUGUCUCUA